AUGUCGACACAAAGUCAUGAUUCACAGCAAGUGUUGUAUCCGGAACGAAACAUCAACGACAGCAAGGUGCGGAACAGCCAUAACUCAUCAAUGAAUACAAUGAGCCUUUGCGAUGCGAAAAUUAACGAAGAUACUUUGAGGCAUCUAGACCCUGACGCGACAAGCCUUUCCAAGUUAGAUCCGAAGACAUUGCAAGACCGCAAGUUAUCCACCCCAAAAACAUGCUACAGCUACGAACCCGCCUUCUCUACGUCAGCCAACUCGCCACCACUGUCAUUUCUUUCCAAACCUGUCGAGGACGGUGGGUUGUUUGAUCAUGCAUCCCGCAACCUCACCCAUUUAACCCGCGCAGUAGAUGAACAGGAUACGUCACUCGUGCAACUGAGAGAUCAACUGGAGGUACACUUCCAAGAUCUGAAAAAGGAAUUUGAGGUCAAGAGAGGAGAGAGCUGGAUGCCGUUGCAAGCGUGGACGAAUGAGGAGUGGAAGUGGGAUGAUGAGAGUGAUGCUGAGACGGAAGGAGUAUCUGAUUCGCACUGA